GGCGGGGAGAGGGGCGGGCGGGGCGAGCAGCACGUCCUGCCUGCCCCAUGCUCAGCUCCCGCCCUGGCUCUGCAGCCAGCACGUAGCCCGCAGGAAGAUGAGGAGUGAGGUGCUGCGGUUCUGCUUCCCGAUGCGGCUCUGCCUCACUCUGCCCUUCGCUGCCGCUCCAUACCGGGCGCUGAGCGGGUGGCAGGCAGCGGGCGGCCAAGCCGCGCGCAAAAUCACUGAGAACGCAAGAAAAUCUUUGGCCUCUUUGAAGAAAGAACACCCACAGCUUGAGCCAACACUUGCCAUUAUUCAGGCACGUAAUGUUCCUUCGGUUCAAGGAAUAAACAAGAAGUUUGCUGAAGAGGUUGGUCUACGUGUGAUUCACAUCUGUCUCCCUGAAGACAGCAGCAAAGAUGAGAUUGUAAAUGAAAUCUUGAGGCUUAACGAAGAUCCUAAUGUGCAGGGCCUUGCCCUUGACCUCCCAGAAAGCUUGUAUAGCAGUAAGAUAUUAAAUGCUGUGAAACCUGAGAAGGAUGUGGAUGGGUUAUCCGAUGUAAACCUGGGACGCUUGGUACGUGGAGAAGGCUCUGGCUACUUGGUUUCUCCUACUGCUGGUGCCGUGAUGGAGCUCCUUGAAGAUAUGGAUGGAAAGACAGUACUGCUGGUGGAUAUCAGUGGGACCUUGGGGUCCUCCUUGCAGUGCCUGCUGCAGAGACGAGGAGCCAUCACUGCUAGCUGCCACUGGAAGUCACCUGGGCUGCAAAGCAAGCUUCAGCUUGCGGAUGUGGUGGUAGCUGGCAGUCCGAAACCUGACAGUGUUCCUGUGAGCUGGCUAAAACCUGGAACCACCAUCAUCAACUGUUCUCCUGACUCGCUGUCAGAGAAACACAACUAUGGUCAGAAAAACAGCAGUACUACUGAAACUGCAGUUUGUUCUCUUGCAGCAGCAAUGCGAAUGCAGAACAUGGUAAAAAAUACAGAGCGAUGGAUCCAAUCCCAGCAGCUCAGGAAGUGGGAUCUCCGCUGCUUGAAGCUUCAGCCCCUCUCACCAGUGCCUAGCGAUAUUGAGAUUUCCCGAGCGCAGAGUCCAAAAGCUGUUGAUGUACUUGCCAAGGAGAUAGGAUUGCUUACAGAUGAAAUUGAAAUCUAUGGCCAAACCAAAGCCAAAGUACGUUUGUCCCUGCUGGAAAGGUUAAAGGAUCAACCAGAUGGAAAAUAUGUUCUAGUUGCUGGAAUAACCCCUACGCCCCUAGGAGAAGGGAAAAGCACAGUCACAAUUGGACUUGUUCAGGCUCUUACUGCACACCUUAAGAUUAAUUCCUUUGCUUGUCUUAGACAACCUUCCCAAGGACCUACUUUUGGAGUUAAAGGUGGAGCAGCUGGUGGUGGAUAUGCUCAAGUGAUUCCCAUGGAGGAGUUCAAUCUUCAUUUGACUGGAGACAUUCAUGCGAUAACUGCUGCAAAUAAUUUGCUGGCUGCUGCUAUUGAUGCUAGGAUCUUGCAUGAGAACACUCAAUCCGAUAAGGCCUUAUAUAAUAGGCUUGUUCCAGUAGUUAAAGGUGUGAGAGGAUUUUCUUCUAUUCAGCUUGCGCGUCUGAGAAGACUGGGAAUAAAUAAGACUGAUCCUGAGACUUUAACAGAAGAAGAGAUCAGUAGAUUUGUGCGCCUUGAUAUUGACCCUUCUACCAUAACAUGGCAAAGAGUUGUGGAUACAAAUGACAGAUUCUUACGCAAGAUAACUGUUGGCCAGGCAAAUACAGAAAAAGGAUUUGUCCGUCAGGCUCAGUUUGAUAUUGCUGUUGCAAGUGAAAUUAUGGCCAUCCUUGCACUUACCACUAGUCUGGAAGAUAUGAAGGAGAGGCUGGGGAAAAUCGUGGUGGCUAAUGACAAGAAGGGAGAACCAGUAACAGCAGAUGAUUUGGGAGUAACAGGUGCUUUGGCAGUUUUGAUGAAAGAUGCAAUUAAGCCAACACUAAUGCAAACAUUAGAGAACAAUUGUGCUGGAGAUGUUGUGGAUUUCCUGGACCCUCUGUGCAUAGCUGCUGAGGGAACACCAGUAUUUGUUCAUGCUGGACCUUUUGCUAACAUUGCACAUGGAAAUUCUUCAAUUUUGGCAGAUAAAAUUGCCCUUAAACUAGUUGGGGAAAAGGGUUUUGUAGUAACUGAAGCUGGCUUUGGUGCUGACAUUGGGAUGGAGAAAUUCUUCAACAUCAAAUGCAGAGCUUCUGGCUUGGUUCCCAGUGUGGUUGUACUUGUUGCUACAGUGAGGGCUUUGAAGAUGCAUGGAGGUGGGCCAAGUGUAUCUGCUGGUGCCCCUCUGAAAAAAGAAUACACAGAAGAGAACCUCCAGCUGGUAGCUGAUGGCUGCUGCAAUCUUCAGAAACAGAUCCAGAUUACUCAGCUCUUUGGGGUUCCUGUUGUGGUUGCUCUAAAUGUCUUCAAAACUGACACUCCUGCUGAGGUUGAUCUCGUGUGUAAGAUUGCAAAGCAGUCUGGAGCAUUUGAUGCUGUACCCUGCAGUCACUGGUCCGAUGGUGGAAGAGGAGCAGUAAAAUUAGCUCAAGCUGUGGAAAAGGCAGCCAAUCAGAAAAGCAGUUUCAAAUAUCUCUACAGCUUGGAGCUUCCGAUUGCUGAAAAGAUAAGGGUCAUUGCUCAGAAAGUAUAUGGAGCAAAGGAUAUAGAGUUAUCUGCUGCUGCACAGUCACAAAUUGAUCGUUACACCCGGCAGGGAUUUGGAAAACUUCCCAUAUGCAUGGCAAAAACUCACCUAUCCCUCUCCCAUCAACCAGAGAGGAAGGGUGUUCCCACUGGUUUCAUUUUACCGAUUAGUGACGUGAGAGCCAGUAUUGGAGCUGGAUUCAUCUACCCCCUGGUAGGAACGAUGAGCACUAUGCCAGGACUGCCUACAAGGCCGUGCUUCUAUGACAUUGACCUUGACCCUGUCACAGAGGAAGUGAAGGGAUUGUUUUGAUGCUGAGGUCGAAAUUCAGAAGCCCGGACAUUAAGAACUGCAACUUCCCUGUUUCCUGCAAAUAGGAGACAAAAGUGAAUUUGAAAUAUUCCUGUUAUGUGUCUCUGGAGGAAUGUCAAGAUAAACCACAGAGCAAAGGUUUAUUCUUUCUUCAAACUAGUUUUUAGGAUGAAAUAUAACUGCAAGGUUAUUUUUGUUUGUUUGUUUUUAAGAAAAAAGGCAGGCUGAAUGUUUUUCUCUGUACUGCAGAAAGCUCUCUGCUCGGUCUUGUAUUUGGUGCCGGAUAAAAUGACAUGGAGAAAGUGGAAUUUUUCUCUUUAGAGUUUUCAUCUUUUCUCAAAGGAGUUAACAAAAGUAUUUCCCUCAUCCUUGGCUAUCUAAAAACAUACGCAAACACGAUUAUUCUCUGUGACCGAGUCUGUUUCUCCCAGAAAAAUACACUUUGGCUCCUGGCAUUCAGGAGCAGAAGCUGCACACUGAUUAACUUCACAUUUUUGAGUUAUCGUCAAGUGUUGCUCUGGAUGCAUUUGGGCAAAAGCCAAGCUUCAAGCAAAGAAGAUACUAAGUGGAGAAAGAACAGAGCAUGUAUUCUGUGAAGGGUUUUUAAUAUAUAAUUUGUUUCCUUGAUGAGCCAUGAUCUUUUGAAACACUUCAGCCAUCGCUGUCUCACAUCUAUAGGUCUCUGCAUAUCUCUGAGGACGUCCAGCUGGUUAUGUGCUUGUUGUGGGGAAGCUGGUUGUGAAUGCUGCUUGUUCAGAGAGGGCAUUGCCCUGCCUGAAGCCCUGUUUUACUCCUCCUCAUGGCUCAUGAAGCCUCCUGCUGUGCUGGCUCCCGACCAGCCCGGUCGCUAGCUAGCCGCAUUCAACACCCAGGAACAAUAGAGGAAUGAAUGGUCGUCAAGUGAGGAUGCAACAGGAAAGAACUUUGUUGUGCAGUUUUUAACCACCUUGUAAAGCUGCAGUGUGUUUUAUAUUUCACAUAGGUAUUCAGGCAACUUAAAUCCUCAGCUGUGUGCUUUAGUCUACCUCCAGUUUCUCAGAUCUGCAGCAAAAUGUGCCUUAAGCAUAGGAUACUGUAUUUAGCUUUUCAGGCUGCUGCUCCUCAGGAAACACUCACUGACUCUCACUCUUGAUUCCCUCAAUAACAAAAAAUGCAACAGGACAAUAGGUCUAAUCAAGACAAUGGGACAUUGUUGUUGUUUUUUUUUUAGGUAAAAAACAGUGAAAUAAUGAUGAGAGAGUUUAUUUUCCUGGUGACGUUUUCCAUCCUGUUGCUUUGCUCUGCUUACGCACAUCUGUAUAGUAUGGGCUUAUACAAUGUAGUUUUGGUUCCCUUUUGCACAGCUUCAUUUGGAGACAGAAUUGCAGCACAGUUCCUGAGGUAACUGAGGGUCCUGUUUUGGUUCUUAAAAUCAUGCUUCAUUAUUUAUAAACCCCAAACUAUAAUUAUGGACAGAAGAACAAACUGGGGAUAAUUAAAGUAAUUAUCUGUGCCUUCCCUGGAGUAGCACGGAAAUGUCUGCUGACUGCAUUUCAGAUCCUAUUCAUAGCACCGUCUCCCAGUGCCAGGGGAUCACUGCGAUGAUAAACUUCAACAUGAAAAAUAAAGCUGCCUGAUCCUUUAGCCUGAUUAGAUGAUAGAGCUCAUAAUGUCCUAGACUGUGGAUGCUGUAAUUACAUUGAGGCAGGACAAACGUGCUAAGUAGAAAGCAAGAUUCACAUACAGGUUUCACAGCUCCUCUGGACAGAGAGUUCUGGUGUUUUCUAUUAAAUUGUGCCCCAGUAUACAACCCCAUUUUUCAUAUAUAUGUUAUAAUGCAAUCCUGUGCACAUCUCACAGUAUAGCCUAGAAAAAAAACCCAAUGACUGUUAGAAGAGCAUAAGGGAGGUUUCCAGGCAUAGUUGUUUGUUUGGUUUUUUUCCUAUCAUUAUUGAAAGACAUAUGAGGUUUUCCCUCUGUCUUGCCCAGCAAAAUUCAAAACACCAUAACUGUGCCUUCCUUGGGUUUGCUGUGGUUCCCCCAGUAGUGUGUGGGACUGUCUCCAUGCAGUGUGGGACACAAACAGUGAGUGUUGUAAGCCACUAAAUUCAACCUGCUGCUCAAUACCCACACGUUUCUCUAUUGCAGUCUCCAUGCUGUCCCCUCAGGCCAUUCAUGCUGGGACUGCUUUUCUGACCCAUCAGUCUCCCCCUCAAACACCAUUCCAGCUCUACUCAUUAACAAACAUCCUGCAAUUUUUCUACUGUCACGUGUGCAGGAUUUGUUAUGCAGUUUUUAUAGCCUCAAUAAUUGAAGGAAAGCUGCAGUGGUUCUUUUUUGUUUUGUCAUAGCCUUUUCCCCCCCACCAGUUUAACUAUCUGCAAAAUCCCUUGAGCUGGUCCAUUUUUGGCUCUGUUUUAUAUUUUAGCAGAAGAUUUGUUAGGAGUAAUUCACACUGGCCUGUAGGUUCUGUAUUGCAGUCCACAGCGACUGAGCUAUUGGCAUCCACUGUGCCUUCCGCUGGGGCCACCCGACUGCUAGGGCUAAAUGCCUUCAUCGAGAAGGGCUUAAAAUGAGAUCUUUGCAAGGUGAGUGGUACUGCUUUGUGCAUUGCUUGUCACUUAACAGCUGGGCCUGCAGAUGUGAGGCUUCUGCCUUGCAUCGGUUCUGGGCAAUUUUGCAGCUUUGCAAGGCUUCUUGUGGUGAGCUCUGCAUUUGCUAAAGGUGUUAAAGGUGCUAAAGUUGUUAAAAACACCUGGUCAUUUACUAUUGGGUCUGAUUUUUGUAAUGACUGGAUAAUUUUCUGUUGCUGUUGCAGAAAAUAAUGACAUUGAAACAGAUGACUUACAGCAGAUUUCUUGGUCCAUGUAUUAAAAUCCCAAAGUGUGGGUUUUCAGUUACUGUAAACAUUGAAAUAAAAUGCAUGCAUAUGCUGAUGUUCAGUUAGCAAAAGUGG